GUGACACCACGUAGUCCAGGAAAUCCCGAUCCGGCUUUUGGUCUGUAAAAUUGUGUCUUUCCCCAGAAUUGGGCGAGAGUCCUGCCUGCCUGCUGUGUAUUCCUGUUGCUUCUCUGACAUGGAGGAAAUGUUGUCCUUCUGGGAUGUGGCCAUCGAGUUCUCUCCAGAAGAGAGGGAAUGUCUGGAGCCUGCUCAGUGGAAUCUGUACAGGGAUGUGAUGCUGGAGAAUUACAGCCACCUUGAAUUCCUGGGUCUUGCUGUCCCUAAGCCACACCUGGUGACAUUUCUGGAGCAAAGACCAGAGCCUUCAGAUGGGGAGAGACAAGCAGCAGCCACCGUGCACCCAGGAACAAAAUCCAAAAAUCACAGCAGUUACAAGGACAUUGAUUGUAACUCACUACAGAUUCAAUGUCAUAGAAUUUGUACAAAGGAGAAACCCUACAAGUGUGAAAAAUGUGGUAAGGGCCUUAGUUCUUCUAAAGCACUUUUCAUUCACCAGAGACUUCACACUGGAGAAAAACCCUACACGUGUAAAGACUGUCACAAGGCCUUCAAUACUCGCUCAUCACUUUUUAUACACCAGAAAGAUCAUACUGAUGAAAAAACCUACAAGUGUGGAGACUGCGGCAGAUCAUUUUACUAUCUUUCAAUGCUGAAGCAACAUAAAAUAAUUCAUGUUAAAGAGAGCCCAUACAAGUGCAAAGAAUGUGGCAGGUGCUUUUUCUCAUUUUUAUUCCUUAGACAGCAUCAAGCAAGACAUACGGGAAAGAAAGCAUACAAGUGUGAAGAGUGUGGCAAAUGUUUUUCCUUCCCUUCAUCCUUUCGGCGACAUCAAGCAGUUCAUUCUGAAGACAGUCCCUAUAAAUGUGCAAAGAGUAGCAAAACUCUUUCCCGCUUUACAUUCCUUCAAGAACAUCAGACAGUUCAUUCUGGAAAGAAAUCAUACAAGUGUGAGAAGUGUGGCAAAUGUUUUUACUUCCCAUCAUCCCUUCGGCGACAUAAAGCAAUUCAUUCUGAAGAUAAUCCCUACAAGUGUGCAGAGUGUGGCAAAACUCUUUCUAGUUUUAAAUUCCUUCAAGAACAUCAGACAAUUCAUUCUGGAAAGAAAUCAUACAAGUGUGAAGAGUGUGGCAAAUGUUUUUACUUCUCCUUAUCCCUUCGGCGACAUAAAGCAAUUCAUUCUGAAGACAGUCCCUUUAAGUGUGCAGAGUGUGGCAAAACAUUCUCCUAUUUAACAUACCUUCAAGAUCAUCAGACAAUUCAUACUGGAGAGAAAGCAUACAAGUGUGACGAGUGUGGCAGAUGUUUCCACUUAUCUUCAUCCCUUCGGCGACAUCAAACAAUUCACCGUGAAGACAAUCCUUACAAGUGUGAGGACUGUGGUAGAAGGUUUAGCUCUUCUUUAUCCCUUAAACAACAUCAAAUAAUCCAUUCAGCAAAGAGUCCUUAUACUAGUGUGCAUUGUGGCAAAUGGUCUUCCUGUUCUAGGGAUCUUCAGGGUCAUCAAACAGUUCACACUGGAGAGAAACCCUUCAAGUGUGAAGAAUGUCACAAAGGCUUUCGUUGUCCCUCAUCCCUUAGUAGACACAAGAGAGUUCACACUGGAGAGAAACCCUACAAGUGUGAAGAAUGUCACAAACCUUUUCGUUGUCCUUCAUCCCUUAGGAGACACAAAAGACUUCAUACUGGAGAGAAACCGUACAAGUGUGAAGAAUGUCACAAAGCCUUUCGUUGUCACUCAUCCUUUAGUAGACACAUGAGAGUUCACACUGGAGAGAAACCCUACAAGUGUGAAGAAUGUCACAAAGCCUUUCAUUAUCACUCAUCCCUUAAGACACACAAGAGAGUUCAUACUGGAGAGAAACCCUUCAAGUGUGAAGUAUGUCACAAAGCUUUUAAUUGUUACUCGUCUUUUAGGACACACGAGAGAGUUCAUACUGGAGAGAAACCCUACAAGUGUGAAGACUGUGGCAGGUGCUUUUCCUCUUCUUCAUCCUUUAGACGACAUAAAAAAGCAAAAAUUCAUUCUGAAAAGAAUUCCUAAAGUUGUGGGGAAUGUGGCAAAAACUUUAUGAAUCUUAAUAUACUUAUUCAACACAUGAUAUAGUUAAUGCAAGAGAGAAAUCCAACAAAUGUCUUUAAAAGUUUACUUCUUCAAACCUUCAAAUGAAUCAGAUGAUUCAUUCUGACUGCAAACAUCAUGAAUGAUGUAUGAUUCCCCUCUGUAUGCUGUGAAUAUGUUUAAUACCAUUGGUUAAUAAAGAAGCUGUGUCAACCAAUGGCUUAGCAGAGUAAAACCAUGCAAGUAAUCCAAACAGUUAUAGAUAUAGGAAGUUCCAGAGAGAUGUCAUGUAGCUGCCGAAGGAGACAGAUGCCAGAACCUACUGCUAAGCCACAGCCUCAUGGCAAUCUACAGAUGAAUAGAAAUGGGUUAAUUUAAGAUGUAACAGUUACUUAAUAAGAAGCCUGAGCUAAUUAGCCAAACAGUGUUGUAAUUAAUGUCGUUUCUAUGUGAUUAAUCAGGUCUGGACAGCCAGGAAACAUAAGAACAGUCUCCAAUUACACAUGAGUGUGUGAAGCAUCACAAAAUCUUUGCCAAGAAAUCAGAUAUUAUUCACCUGAAAUAAAUACCUAAUGGAGAAUAGUAAUGUAGUUAUUUUGGAUGUCAAUAUCAACAUGUGACUUACAACAGCACAAAUGCUAUUAAUGUCAUCAGAGAACAGUAGAGACUUCUCAUUGCUGUAACCCCCAACAGUUUGUUUAAUCAGUGUGUUUGAAACUUGUCUUUAUUAAUGAGUCUCUCUCUUCUGUAACUAUAAAAGAUUAGUGAAACUUUUACCAUGCCAUAGCUUUGUCCAUUGUUUACCCAAAAUUAGUGCCCAUAGAGCAAUAAUGUAGGAAAGGUGUGGAGUGACCAAUCAUUUUCUGAUUGGAUUCAGAGCCCUUUGCACAGUAGGUAACUGAUGGGAUGUUAAAUUUGUGAUAUACUUGUGCUUGGAUCAGUGAUAAGCCCGAAGGAGAAUUUAAUAUUGGUGUUUUAAUAAGUGGAUUGGAACUAAAUGAACCCAAAUUCUCAACUUUAUACCCACAGUCAGUCACCUCUCAUCCUUCACCAGAAUGUAUUAAUUGUGUGGUAGAUGGAGAAGGCUACACAGAUGCAAAAUGAUCAAAGUGUGAAGACUAUUCCUCUGUGGAGGGCCCUAAUCCAAAGAUGACACCUGCAUCACACAUCGUAAGUGAGUUCCCUUGCACACAUCUAAAGCCAAAAGUCAUGGAGAAGAGUUGGAAAGAAUGUCAGAGCCAGGUACAGUAGAUGUGUGCCCUGCAGCAGUAGAAAUGUUGAGACAUUUCUAGAACAGUGAAACAUUGCUAGAAAUGUUAAUACCAAUUAAUGCAUGAGCACCCUGUGGCUAUGACUACGUGGAUAACACUUAUGUAAGCUGAAUCACACCAUACAACAAACAUGGGUGCAUAAGACCCUCACUGUCUCACCUGUAUCAAGGACCUACUGGCAAUUGAUGGCUGUUGAGGAAGACAGUCAAUCCAGUUACCUUCCAGGUUCCAGUCAACUCUCCUACACCCCUAAACACUGAGGAAACACUAAUAAUAAUAAAUAAAUAAAUAACAAAGAAAAAGCCCACCGAGUUGUGAGCGUAAAGUGUUUGCAAGGGUAAGAAGUAAUAGGUGAAGGAAUGUGGAUAUUUGAGUCAAACGUAAUAUCCAUGUGUUAAAUUUCCCCAAAAUAAAUAUCAUUUUAAAGAUUGCUGUUUUGGGACAUGUCCAAACUUGACCGGUAUUAGCAGUGAUUACAGUGCCUGAAUCUGGCUGUCAUUUCCAGAGGGUCAGCAUCCUACUGGGAAGGCAUCCUGAGGGAGAAAGUGAGUGGACUCCCAGAAGGACUGAGGUGCUGAGGACUAAGGAGCUCUGCAUCAGUGUAACCUCAGGGAAGAGACAGGGAUGGCUUUGCAGAGAUGAGAUGUGGCCAGACUCACCUCGUAUCUUCCCCUAGGCUUUGUCAUGAGCACAACAGAGGAAAGCAGAAGGGCAGCUUCUCCACCCCCCCUCCCUCCUACAUCCACAGUGAUCACAGCCGCCUUUGCUCCUGGUUAUUCAUCAUUAUUACACAAGGAAAGGAGUGUAGCAGUCAAAUGAACUUGGUGGGUAGAAAGUUACAACACAUCACACAUUUUCUACCAUUGAGUUUUGUUUAAAAAAAAACUGUUUAUUAACAUGUAAAUGUCCUCUGCACAUUAGAGAAAACACAGAGGAAUGUGCUUCCAGCUUGAACUUCCAUCACAGUUAAUAACAGAGAAAGGCUGCUAUGUGAAAAGGUUCAGUUUUUACAAAAAUGUCUAAGAUGUGGUCAGCAAUGCCCCUAUAAAAACAUCAGGUUUGCUCAGGGUGUGUGUGAAACAGUGUUUUCUUCCUGCUUGGAGUCUCUGCAGACCUACGUAUCGAUUUCCUCACAACACAGAGGGAGGUUUCCUUAUGAAUGGAAAUGGCCUUAAUGGAUAUACAUUUGUUCUAAAAGAGAAUGGAUAUUUCAGAGCUGUGGUCUAAGUGGAAGCUUCUCAAGUAGUCAACUUAAGUGUGAAGUAUAACAGAGACACACUCUCAGGAGUAGAUAGUAUAGCAGAGACUCACAAGCUCAGGAAUAAAUAAUACAGCAAAUGCUCACACUCUCAGGAGUAGAUAGUGUAGCAAAGGCUCACACGCUCAGGAGUAGAUAGUAUACCAGAGACAGACACGCUCAGGAGUAAAUAGUAUAGCAGAGGUUCAUAAUCUCAAAUUUCUUAUUUGUCUCUCUUUAAUUUAAAACCCUAUUAUUUUGAAGGCAAAACAUUCAAAUGUGAAAAUUAACAAUACCUGAAAAGUACAGUGUUGUUGAAUAUUGUUUUAACUAGGCAAAGGUGUCUUACAUUUGUUUAUGCUGUGCAAGAUUAUUUGAACUGCGUAAAACAAAUAAAGUGUUACAUUUGCGGCUGCUGCCUUUGUUUACAAUGCAUUUGUUUGGUAAACAUUUGUUUCUGCUGCCUGUUUGAGGCACCUGAUUGGUUUUAUAAAAGCUGAAUGGCCGAUAGCUAGGCGGGAGAGCAAUGGGCAGGGCUGACAAGCACAGAGAAUAAAUAGGAGGAGAAGUCUAGGCUAGAGAAGAGGAUAAGGAAGAAAGGGGGGCGUGC